AUGAUACCUUCACAACAAAGUCUACCUAUCUCAGAUACAGAUUCGUUAAGUUCUGAAAUUUCACCAAGAGAUCCUCAACCGUUAAAUCAAAUCAAUUCCUAUAAUAUUCAGCAUAAUAAUAUCAAUCGUACAACUACAGGAAAUUCAAGUCUAAGUACAUCAUCUUCAAGAUUAUCAAGACAAUCAUCUAAUUUUUCAGAAUUAUCGAGAAUAAUAACUGGUAUAAAAGAUGAUCAACAAUUAAUUGGAAAUUUAAGAUAUACUAAAAGUACAGAGCCAGAUUACAUAUUGGCAAAUGAAUUAGAUAGAGUAGCUUCGAGAAUAACAUCCAGAAGGCAAUCAAUAUCCCUUGAUACUCCUCAUCCACAACCAUCAUCUUCAUCAAUAACGUCAGGUGAUGUGAUACGAAAAAGAAGGAAUAAGCAAUCAAAAAGAAGGCCGAGUGAAAUAGAGGAUAUACUGGAAGAUAGAGAUCAUGAAGUAGAUGGAGAAAAGCCAGCACAACCACCACAACCACCUCCAACAUCAUCAUCACCAUCACAAACAUCACAUAUAGAACCAGAAGAAUCAGUAGAAGACGAAAAAGAAUCAGAAGGAAAAUACAAGGCAGAUGGACUAAUGGCUUGGAUAACUGCAAUAUGUGCCAUGAUGAAUAUAUUUGCAACAUGGGGAGGUAAUGCAGCAUUUGGAGUUUUCCUCAACUUCUAUCUUAGUAAUGAUACAUUUCGGGGGGCCACUAAAUAUGAUUAUGCAUUAGUUGGAGGAAUAAUUGUCUUUUUAGCAAAUGUUUUAUCACCAAUAAGUGCUUUAUUAUAUAAAAUAUUUGGAUUUAGAACCAUUUGUCUCAUUGGAGUUGUUUUUCAAACUGCUGGUUGGAUAUUAGCUUCUGUUUCAACUAAAUUAUGGCAAAUUUACUUAACUCAAGGGGUAUUAGUUGGGGUUUCAUUUCUGUUGAUUUUCAUACCUUCAACAUUAGUAGUUCCUACUUGGUUUAUUAAACAAAAAGCAGCAUCAAUGGGGUUAACAAUGUCAGGUACUGGAUUAGGUGGAUUGGUGUUUUCAUUAAGUGUGAAUAAAGUAAUCCAAGAUACGGGAGAUCAAAAAUGGGCAUUAAGAAUGGUUGGAUUAGUGGCAUUAUUUUUAGUAUUAACAAGUGCAACAAUUAUGAAACCAAGAAAUUAUAAACAGCCUCCUUUGAAAACAACAUUAACUAAAGAAUUUAUAAUUGAAAAUGCUAAAGUUAUAUUUGAUUUAAAAGUUGUUAAAAAUCAAGGGGUUUGUAUUAUUGCUCUUUGGUUUACUUUAGUUAUUAUUGGUUAUACAUUGAUGAUGUUUUCCCUAUCUUCAUACGCCACAGCAGUUGGACUUUCCCAUUCCCAAGCCUCAACACUUACAGCUAUAAUGAAUGCUGCACAAACAGUAGGACGUCCAUGUAUGGGAUUCCUGGCCGAUUAUGUUGGAAGAGCAAAUUUCGCAACUAUUGGAAGUUUAGUCAUUUCAAUUUUGUUAUAUGCAUAUUGGAUAAAUGCAGAUACAUUUGGUUCUUUAAUUGGAUUUGCAAUUUGUAUUGGAUUGGUAAUUGGUCUUGGGGCAUCUUUAGUACAACCAUUGAUUGCUGAUGUAAUUAGUCCUGAUUUAGAACAAAUGCCAGCUGCUUGGUCAGCAAUUAAUAUUUUCAUGUCAUUUUUCAGUCUUGUUACUGAAGUUAUUGCUCUUGCUUUGGUUGUUGAAGGUUCAAAAAAUCCAUAUUUACAUACACAAAUAUUUGCUGGUACCUGUUAUAUUGCUUGUUUCUUAAUUGUUUUAACUUUAAGAGAAUUUCUAAUUAGGAAAUCAUUACAUGAAAGAUUGAACAUUAUGGAAAUUAAAUUGGCCAGGUUUACCGGUACUACUAAAAGUGGAUAUUUAAAAUUAGAAGAUCAUUGUGAUCCAGAAGAAGAUCUAAAUUCUGAAGACGAGGCUUUAUUAAGAGAAAGAGUUGCUAGAUAUCACUAUUUAUUAAGAGGGAAUGUUCAUAGCUAUUUUAUACGAAUGUUCUAUCCCGUUAGAAUAUAA